AUGAGGCCCAGGACAGGCCAGUUGGGCUGUGAGGCCCCCAGGGGUCAGAGCUGUGUCCCCAGGCACAACUGGCUUCUAAUAGUGCUGGGCCUGGCCGUGGGCGCCCAUGGCCUGCUGCCCCCGACGCCAGCACCGCGGAGCACGGCCCCCCACAAGGAAACCCCGGGAGGAAGCAGCCCUUGGAGCCUGUGGCACAACAGGUCCCCGCUCCGGCCCGGCCCCCGGGGGACAGGCCCCAGGUGCUGGCCCGGCGGGUUUUGGUCCGAGUCUCAGUCACUGUGGUACGUCUUCGGCGGCGGGACCCAGCUCACCGUCCUAGGUCAGCCCAAGUCUGCGCCCUCAGUCACUCUGUUCGCGCCCUCCACUGAGGAGCUCAGCGCCAACAAGGCCACCCUGGUGUGUCUCAUCAAUGACUUCUACCCGGGAAGCGUGACGGUGGCCUGGAAGGCAGGCAGCACCACCAUCACCAGGGGUGUGGAGACCGCCCAGCCCUUGAAACAGAGCAACAACAAGUACGCAGCCAGCAGCUACCUGGCCCUGACGGCCAGUGAGUGGAAAUCUUACGACAGGGUCAGCUGCCAGGUCACGCACGAGGGGAGCACCGAGGAGAAGACAGUGGCGUCCUCAGGGUGCCCUUAG